CGAGGAAGAGCAGACGAAGAAGAGGGCGACCAUGUUGAUUUAAAGGAAGAAGAAACACAAUAGAGGCGAUUUAUUUCAAGUAAAAUUCAGAUAUUAAAGCGAAUUGUGAAGAAAGUAGCUGAUCGGCCGCACACCGAGCAUCCCUUGUGAAACAACAAACAACCUAAGGUGACAAGUUUGAGUUGUUGGCUGACUUUGAGGAGGCAGCGGGUUGAUCACGGCCACACUCGCACACUUCACGCACCGACCUGAAGACCUGUGGUGUCUGGGGAGAGAGGGUCGAACACCUGGAGGAGAGAGGAAACAGGAAACGUACACUGAGGACUCAAAAGGGGUGGAAAGCUUUUUGGCUUUGGACUAGAUAACCCCUUGUAUGAUUUGAUUUCAGGAUCCAGUUUUUCUCAAGCGUGGAGCGACACAUAUCCACACAGUGGAAAUAAACGGAGAGCAUUAUAGACUAUAUGAUUUUGGGGAAAGACUUGUACAAAGUUGGACAUCCUUUUUUUCAAGGACAGGGAUAUUGAGCAACUCUUAUGGACUCAAAGUGAAAACAGGAAAUAUUGUUCAAUUUAGAAACAGAAGUUUAAGUGUUGAACUAAGAUUAUAUUGAAGAAGCUGUUCCCCAAGUUCAGAUUGCCUUAGUUGUUCUAUUUCAGGACUUGAACCGCUUUGAUACUUGUUCACAUAUAAUUUUUCUAUAUUGUGGGCAAGUAUAUUCAUGCAUAUGAAUGCAAAUUUCUCUUCAUUUUGAAGAGCUCUUGUGUAUAAACGUGUUUCUUUUUUUUGUUGUUCUUGUACGUCAGUCACUCUGUUGUUGAAGGGGACCGAACUGCACGUACAUGUGUAUAUGUAAAUACCACAAAUUGACUUCUGUUGUGAAAGCUUUGGACUUAAGAAGAAUAGAGAAUAUUGUUUGUUAAUGCUUUAUUAAACUUUUUUACUUUUGAAGAGACUUUUUAAAAAGAAAAACCUAAGAGGCAAAAAUCUAAUACUUUGAAGAAAAAAAAAACAACAAAAACAAAAGCAAGCAAAACAGGAAAAAUGGCAACCGCCAGAACAGAAAACGUUGGCCCAGUCGUCAUGGGACUGAACAAGCAGAAUGGGCAGCUCAGAGGACAGACCAAACCAGCUUCAGUCCAGCCAGCACCCACAACUCAAGGAAAGGCUUUGGGAGCACCCCAGAUAGGAGGUGGUGCCUCUCAGGACGGAGGAGGCAUCAAGUUUGGAGAUGACUGGAAAAAGAGCCUAAAGCUCCCUCCCAAAGACAACAGGGUCAAAACCUCAGAUGUGACGUCCACUAAGGGGAAUGAAUUUGAAGAUUACUGUCUCAAAAGAGAACUCCUGAUGGGCAUCUUUGAGAUGGGUUGGGAGAAACCUUCCCCUAUCCAGGAGGAGAGCAUUCCCAUCGCCCUGUCUGGACGGGACAUUCUGGCUCGGGCUAAGAACGGAACAGGGAAAAGUGGAGCCUAUCUCAUCCCACUGCUGGAGAGAAUAGACCUGAAAAAGGACCACAUACAGGCACUUGUCAUGGUGCCCACCCGUGAGCUGGCACUACAGGUGAGCCAGAUCUCCAUCCAGAUCAGCAAACACCUGGGCGGAGUUAAAGUCAUGGCCACCACCGGGGGCACCAACCUGCGAGAUGACAUCAUGCGCCUGGAUGAGACCGUGCAUGUGGUCAUUGCCACCCCUGGUAGGAUCCUGGACUUGAUAAAGAAGGGAGUGGCAAAGGUGGAUAGAGUCCAGAUGAUGGUGAUGGAUGAGGCGGAUAAGCUGCUGUCUCAGGAUUUUGUGGUGCUCAUCGAGGAUAUCAUCAGCUUCCUGGCGAAGAACAGGCAGAUCCUGCUCUACUCUGCAACCUUCCCCAUCAGCGUGCAGAAGUUCAUGGCCAAGCACCUUCAGAAACCCUAUGAGAUAAACCUGAUGGAGGAACUGACUCUGAAGGGCAUUACUCAGUACUACGCCUACGUCACCGAGAGGCAGAAAGUCCACUGCCUCAACACGCUGUUCUCCAGGCUUCAGAUCAACCAGUCGAUUAUCUUCUGUAACUCCACUCAGAGGGUGGAGCUCUUGGCCAAGAAGAUCACUCAGCUGGGCUACUCCUGCUUCUACAUCCAUGCCAAGAUGAUGCAGGAAUAUAGAAACCGUGUGUUCCACGAUUUCAGAAAUGGGCUUUGCAGAAACCUGGUCUGCACUGAUCUCUUCACCAGAGGUAUUGACAUCCAGGCCGUCAAUGUCGUCAUCAACUUCGACUUCCCUAAGAAUGCUGAGACUUACCUCCAUCGUAUUGGAAGAUCAGGGAGGUUUGGUCACCUGGGCUUGGCCAUCAACCUGAUCACAUCAGAGGACAGAUUCAACCUGAAGGCCAUCGAAGACCAGCUGGUGACCGACAUCAAGCCCAUUCCAGGCAGCAUCGACAAGAGCCUGUACGUGGCCGAGUACCACUCGUCUGGCGCCGACUGUGACGUGGAGGAGGUUGAGGAGAAGCCAGGACACCACCAGGACAGCACCUAAAACAGGACGGCAGGACACACCGGGCUUUUGCACAGACAUCAGCGCUUGCGCACAGGCUUCAGGCAACUCUUCACUUUCACAUUUCUCACUCGUUUUCAGAGCCUGUCGAAUGGAUGUAAAGGCUGUUUUUAUUUUAUUUUUAUUUUGUUUUCGCCUUUCCUUUGCUUUUUUCCUCAAAGAGAGCUGCCUCAUUCUUUUUAUUUUAAUUAACUGAGAAAGUUGAACUAUAUUGUUUUGCACCAAACUCAGAACGGGCCAUGCAUCCUGCUUAUGAGCUUAGCGUAUUUUUUCCUAAAAUUUAUCUUGGUUAGACAGCACUGCAAGGGAGUAUCAAAACUGUUUUGAACCUGUCGUCCUAGGAGACUGUUUUCAUUGCCAGCAGCAAGGUUUGGUCUGUUUUUAAUGUUACAAUGGUGCACUUACACCAGCCAUCGUCACUUACACUGUUGUUGUCACUUAAGUGCCUUACUUACUCCCAUGUGCACUCAUCCAUUCAUAGCCUGCUGUCUUCUGUCAUGCAGCAGAGUACGAGCACAAACGAUAUGAAUUUAAUAGCAACCCGAGUUUAUUUAAACAUCCAUUAUGCAAGGGAAAACGACAACACACAUGCACACACACACAUACACACACACACACUCACUCUUCUGCUGAGAGAUGUGUUGGAACACGGCUCAAACUCUUUAAAAACCAUCCUGAAUGUGAACGUUUAUUUUAAAUGUGAACGUUGCAAUAAAAAAAAGGGCAGCUUUAUUUAAAUACUGCGUGACUGUUUUUCCCUUUUCACUAUGAAUAAUACAUGAGCGGAGUUAAUACGAGAAGACGGCUAAAGACACAAGCCCCCAUACGGAUUCAUGGAUGUUAGCCUGCAAACACACAAACGGCAUGGGAAACGAAAAGCAGCCUCAUGCUCUUACAUUAUGGCUGUUCUUUUUACAUUAAGAUAAAAUUAUAUUGGGCUGGUGAAUACUAUAAACCCAUCGACCACUGUACCUGGUGGAUGAAACGCUGGUUUCCUCUCCUGCACGCAGCUACGCACAGGACUAAUGCAUCAGAGACCGGUUCAGAACAGUUUUGAUUUUGCCAUUCCUAAGCUGAUAUGCACUUCAGGUCCAAAGAGUAAAAAUGUUUUUUAUAGAAGUUGGUGCAAAACAAUAGUUUGAAUAUUUUUUUUUUCUUUCCCCCAACUGCAUCAGAUUCAGUUACAUUGUGGAAAUAUUAGAUGGAAUUAAUUACAGGAGCAAAUCCUGAGGUUAAACUUUUGAAAUCUUCCCCCGUCAGGACAAGAAUUGAAGUUGGUGAAUGUACACUCUCUAUAGCCCAGUGGUUGAAUGCCCAGCUCUUGACAGCUGUCACUUGUAUUGCUGCUGUUGCAUUAGAAACUUCUUAUUAAAUGGAUUGACGGGACAGCAGCGUGACGCAACCCGCUCACCCUGUACAGGAUCACACUGACCCUCAAUUGAACUACGACUAAAAAUUAGGAAAAACUAAAUGUCAGAGUUUCUUUGUGCAGCAGCAGCGGUACCAUUUUAUUUUUGUUUGUUUUUCCCCCGACACAGCUAUGUUUUAUGAAUCUAAACAAAAAAAAGAAAUGUGAGGAUUAUCUUUGGUGAGGGGUGGGCUCUGUGUUUUGAAAGCGAAAUUGUAGCAUCUUUGAACAGGCAGCUGUGAGUUCUUUGUUUUUGUCCUCCCCUUACAAGAGCGUCAGUAAUGCUUAAAAAAAAAGACAUAAAAAAGAAAGUAUUUUUGCUUUUUAAGAUUUAUUUUUGAUGUUGCUUAAAGCAGUGUGAAGGGGGGGGACUGUAAGGCUUUAGCACUGGGUAACUUCUGGUUUAUUUUGGGUGGGUUUGCAGAAGCCAAGUGUUUUAUCGGAUGCUCUCUGGGCAUCUUGAAUCUUUCCUUCUCUCUGGUACUUAAAGCAAAGACAAAAGCUUUGAUUUAAAGUUUGUUUCCCCCCCAAAAAGUACGCGAAAUACCUGGUUUGCUUCGUGUUUUUAAGUGCCAGAGAGAGCGUUAAGUUAUACAGGAGAGAGUUCCUGGAACGCGUUGAAGCACUGUGAUCUUCUUGAACCCUGUUCCAUGUUUGUGUGACGGAUGAUCAGAGUGCUAUGAUUUGUUUUCAGCAACUCAAUCCAUUUUCCACUAGGGCAAUCUUUAAUACGAGGUGUUAUGAAUCAUUUUUGAGGAAACAAAAAUUGUAAAUGAUUCAUUGUUUACACUAGUCGUUUACAAUUAUACAAAAAAAAAAGAAAAUACUUUGCUUCAUGGUCGGUGGAAGAGGUCGAUUUUUAUUUUAUUUUCCUUUUUUAUUUUUUUCCUUGAAAUAGAUUUUCAGGAUUUACAUUGAAGCAAAACCAAAAAAGGAGAAUGUCGUGUGAGUGUAUGAGAGAGAGAGAUAAGGUGGGUGUUUGAGUGAGGAGUGUGUGAGUGUGUGUUUGAGUGAGAGAGAGAGAAAGGACAUGAGAUGUAUGUUUGAAGCUGACCGGCUGCGUUUUUGUUAAGAAUUAUUACGUUUACAUGCAGCUUCAACUAAACGCCCGUCAGUGGAUGUCUGGAUUAACAGAAAUCAGACCUCACACCAGUAACCGGAGAAAACCUGGGUUACUGGUGUGCAUGAUGGGUAAUUUGGAAUAAGAAACAAAGGAACUGACCUGUUGUCAGUUUGAGUCUGCAUGUAAGCGUAAUAGACUCGUCUAUUUUUUUUUUUUUUUUUUUUGUGCGUGUGUUCAUGUGGGUCUUGUGUUUUUUGUUGGCAGUGUACGAUGUCUUAAAUAAUCAGUAUGGAUGUUUACAGUCGUCAGGGAUGUGAUUUUUUUUUUUUUUUAUGCUCCUUCAUCUCCCGUUUCCUCCAGGAGUUCCAGUUUCUAAUGACAAAUUUCCACUUUUCAGUUUUUUGUUUUUUUUUAUGUUUUAUGUUGCUGAUCACAUCCCUGACAAUCAUUCCAUCAUCUCCUCUGUGAUCACACACACACACAUUUCCUGGCUGUGUUCAUUCACUAAAUAUCAGACAGCAGACUUUUGCCUGGAAUCGGCUCCCAAAAUGCUCAACAGCUUAAAAGAAAAACUACCUUCUUAUUCCAACUUUAUUUUUGUAGCUCCACUCACAUGUUGUAUCAGUUAUCCCGAGAAUAAGGCAACAUCGCUAAACAAUGGCUGCAAAGAGGCUCUUUGAGACUUAAAGCUUAACUUUGGAUAAGAACAGUUUAAUCAUCCACCAUAGAACUUGUCUGAAGCUGCAAAACUUGAGCUGUAUAAGCCGACGUUUUUCUUUUAAGCUGCAUUAAACUCGUUGCGUCUGCGGCCACAAAGGAGAUUCUGAUGAAUGCAGUUCUGAAUGUUGAGUUAUUCGGUUAAUUUUGUCAUCUGGUGUUGUCAUGACGUCUUUUUGUGUGUGUGUGUGUGUGUGCUCUCUCUGACCUGUGGAGUCAGGAGUGCUGAUAGGGGGGAGGGGAGGGAGGGAGGGAGGGAUAUUUGUUUAAAAACCUGUUCGAAAAGGGUAACUGUUAAAUACAUAAAAAGAGAUAAAUAAUUGGAAAGGGUGAGGAUUUGGGUACAAAAUGGACGGUUUUGGGAUUCUCCAAAUUCUAAAUUGAUGAAGGAAAAAAAAAUGUCAACACCUAAACUAGUAUUAAUGGCUGAACUACCCUUAAUAUUUCUACUGUGCAUAGCUAAAUUGAAUUGGAUCUCUUAAUUUGCUGCACUAAUGUAGACUCACCCACGCUUUCAGGUGAUUUCAGCCAGACUUUAAUGAUGAGCUCAGCAGAAUUGUUGUAGUAAGCUGAGGGUACAGUUACAACAGUAUUUCCCCCCUUUUGCAACACGGAUAGACAACAGUGGUGUUAAGACUAAUUGGCUCUCAAUUUAUUUUAGUUUCAAUGUAGCUGGGGAUAAAGUUGCAACAGUAUUUUUUUAUUUUUAUUACAACAUGGAUUGGAAGGAGUCGUGAUACAGUGAUUCAAAAUUGGCUUGAUUUAAAAAAUGUUGUUUCAGUUGAUCUGUCAUACGUAAAAGGUUAUGUUUCUUUUUCCGUAAACCCCCUCCUGUAGUCACAGUUUUUAUUAUUUGAGUUGUUCAGUCUUCUUUGUACUAAUUGGUACCUCGGUGGCCGUGCUUCUCCCAGAAACAGUUUAUCAGCCCCGCGUUCAAGUGAGUUGAAUCAUUUUGGACUUUAAUAGCCUAAAAAAAAAAAAAAAAAACCCUGGACUAUCCAUGUUUUAGGAUGUCAGUUUAUUUUCCUCCCUCACUGUCCCAUGAUUUCCUUUUAUCGUGUCAUUAGAAUAAAACUCAGUAAUGAUUGGGUGGUACUGCAAAAAUGUCAUUCUUUCAUUGUUUUGUUUCCCUUUUUUUUGUCUUUUCUUACGAAAUGCAUUGAAGAGGCACCAGACGUCUCAACGUCCUCUACUGUUGUAACGUGGAAAUACAUGCAGGGGUUAUAAAAUUCAAUAAAUUGAACUUAAAUUUA